AAAUAGUUCGGAGCUCAAGGGAGUAACCGGGGAAAUGCAGGCUCUUUCCCUUACGAAGCAGCUCAGAGCCUCUGAGAGUUUUGGUAGUAGCUGCCGACGAGGGUGAGCCUCCUUGGGGACCUGGGCGUUCACCCCGCCCGCAGAUAGCAGGUGCCACCUGCUGGCCGCUGUGCGCAGCGUUGAUCGAAGUGAAAGCGAAAGCGGCGGAACCAGCGCCCUCAUUAAGAGAGCCGCCGGCGCGCCCAGGGGAUCCAGUUUGGGAAGAAGCACAUUUCAGAAGACCUCCUGAGCUGCUGUUCCGCAGAGCUCAUCAUGGCGCUGGCCCACCUGACGCCCUGGGCCUCGCUGCUGCUGGUGGACAUGGCUUUACUCGCGUUGCUUCGAGGGUCUCUGGGAAAUCUGCUUCCCCAGGGACUUCCAGGACUGUGGCUGGAGAGCACCCUGCGCCUUGGAGGACUGUGGGGGCUGCUAACAGCGGGAGGGCUGCUCGAACUUGUUGGCACCUUUCUUCCCUUGCUCUGCCUGGCCACCCCACUUUUUUUCUCUCUGAGAGCCCUGGUGGGAGGCACCAUGAGUGCCCCAGCAGUCAGAGUGGCUUUUGCCUCCUGGGGCUGGCUGCUGACUGGCUAUGGGGCUGCCGCGCUGGGGUGGGCUGUGUGGGCUGUGCUGAGCCCUCCGGCAGCCCAGGAGAAGGAACCAGGCCAGGAGAACAACAAAGCCCUGAUGUGGCGGCUGCUGAAGCUCUCCAGGCCGGACCUGCCUUUCCUCAUAGCUGCCUUGUUUUUCCUCGUGGUGGCUGUGUUGGGGGAGACCUUAAUUCCUCACUAUUCUGGUCGUGUGAUUGACAUCCUGGGAGGCGAUUUUGACCCGAAUACUUUUGCCAGCGCCAUCUUUUUCAUGUGCCUGUUCUCUGCUGGGAGCUCCCUGUCUGCAGGCUGCCGAGGAGGCUUCUUCCUCUUCACCAUGUCCAGGAUCAACCUGCGGAUACGAGAGCUGCUUUUCUCGUCCUUGCUGCGCCAAGACCUUGGUUUUUUCCAGGAGACCAAAACAGGGGAGCUGAACUCACGCUUGAGCUCAGACACCUCCCUGAUGAGCCGUUGGCUCCCCCUGAAUGCCAACAUCCUGCUGCGGAGCCUGGUGAAGGUGUUGGGGCUCUACUUCUUCAUGCUCCGGGUGUCGCCCAGACUCACCUUCCUCUCGCUGCUGGACCUGCCCCUCACAAUAGCAGCCGAGAAGGUGUACAACCCCCGCCACCAGGCUGUGUUAACGGAGAUCCAGGAUGCGGUGGCAAAGGCUGGGCAGGUGGUGCGCGAGGCGGUAGGAGGGCUGCAGACGGUGCGCAGCUUUGGGGCCGAGGAGCAGGAGGUCAGCCGCUAUAAGGAGGCCCUGGAGCGAUGCCGACAGUUGUGGUGGCGCCGAGACCUGGAAAGAGCCGUGUAUUUAGUCAUCCGGAGGGUGAUGGCCUUGGGCAUGCAGGUGCUGAUUCUGAACUGCGGGGUGCAGCAGAUCCUGGCUGGUGAGGUCACCAGGGGAGGCCUGCUCUCCUUCCUGCUGUACCAGGAGGAAGUGGGACACUAUGUCCGGAGCCUGGUGUACAUGUAUGGGGAUAUGCUGAGCAACGUGGGUGCCGCUGAGAAGGUUUUCUGCUACAUAGACCGAAAGCCAAAUCUGCCCCAGCCUGGGACCCUGGCCCCUGCCAGUCUGGACGGCCGCGUGGAAUUCCAAGACGUCUCCUUUUCGUACCCCAGUCGCCCCGAGAAGCCUGUACUCAAGGGCCUGACGUUCACACUGCACCCUGGAAAGGUGACAGCGUUGGUGGGGCCCAACGGGUCCGGGAAGAGCACCGUGGCUGCCCUGCUGCAGAAUCUGUACCAGCCCACGGGGGGCCAGGUGCUGCUGGACGGCCAGCCCCUGGUCCAGUAUGAUCACCACUACCUGCACCGCCAGGUGGUUCUGGUGGGACAGGAACCCGUGCUCUUCUCCGGGUCUGUGAAGGACAACAUUGCCUACGGCUUGAAGGACUGUGAGGACGCUCAAGUGAUGGCAGCUGCUCGGGCAGCCUGUGCAGACGACUUCAUAGGGGAAAUGGCUGACGGGAUACACACAGAAAUAGGGGAGAAAGGGGGCCAGUUAGCUGUGGGACAGAAACAACGUCUGGCCAUCGCCCGGGCCCUUGUGCGGAACCCACGGGUCCUCAUCCUGGAUGAGGCUACCAGUGCCCUGGACGCCCAGUGUGAGCAGGCUCUGCAGGCCUGGAGGUCGCAGGGGGACAGGACGGUGCUGGUGAUUGCCCACAGGCUGCACACGGUUCAGAACGCCGACCAGGUCCUGGUGCUCAAGCAGGGGCAGCUGCUGGAGCAAGACCAGCUCAAGGAAGACCAGGAUGCCUAUGCUCACCUGGUACAGCAGCGACAGCAGGAGUGAGUGCUUCUCAGCUGUGGCCAGAAACGGACCCUCGGGGACCGUGCUGGAGGCUGGACCUUGUGUGUUUUGAUGAGCUCGAGUGGGUGGGAGUUGGGUGGAGUGAGUGCUUCGUGGCUCUAGAAACAUUAUUUUGCUGAAUAUAAUAAAUAAGUAUAAAACACUUUUCCUUAAUAUGUGUUAUGGUUAAUAUUGAUUGACAUUUUAGCAGCACCUAGCAUCAUGGACAAACAUCUGGGCAUGUCUAUGAGGGAGUUCUAGAUUGGGUUAGCUGAGCUUGGAAUAACUGCGGGGGAGCCAUCCCAUGGGCUGGGGCGUGGCCCAGACUACACAGAAGGGGGCAGUGAGCUGAGCACCAGCAUCAUCUCUCUGCUUCCUGCAGCGGAGGCCAUGUGACCAGACACCUCCAUUCCUGCCUUCCCUGACAUGACAGAUUGUACCCUGAAGUGUGAGCCAAGUAAACCCUUCCUUAAGCUGCUUUUGUCAAGUGUUUGCUGCACCAAUAAGAAAAGCAGCUAAUAGUGUGUGUGCAUAUGAAUAGUGUGUGUAUAUGAAU